GCCGGCUAUAUAACCGGCAUCCGGCCUGUCGGACACUCCCCAUUCAGUCGCCCUCGUCACCGGCGUUAGGAUUGAUUACCCUGAUCUUUGCUGUUGUUGAGACCUUCGUGAUCGUCGUCGUCAUGCCUGGGUAUUCCAGUGAGAGGGACCGCGGGUUUGGUGGCCCUCGUUUUGGAGGAAGUAGAGGGGGAUCGUUAGGCGGAAAGAAGUUUGGAAACCCUGGAGAAAAGCUUGUGAAGAAAAAGUGGAAUCUGGAUGAGCUUCCCAAAUUUGAGAAGAACUUCUACCAGGAGCAUCCUGAUGUGGCAAGACGUCCUAUGCAAGAGAUUGAACAAUACAGAGCAAGCAAAGAAAUCACAGUUAAAGGCCAUAGCUGUCCAAAGCCAGUUAUGAACUUCUAUGAAGCAAACUUUCCUGCAAAUGUUAUGGACGUUAUUCAGAGACAGAAUUUUACUGAACCCACUGCUAUUCAGGCACAAGGCUGGCCUGUUGCCUUGAGUGGACUGGACAUGGUUGGUGUAGCACAAACUGGAUCAGGGAAAACACUUUCUUAUUUGUUGCCUGCUAUAGUCCAUAUAAAUCAUCAGCCAUUCCUGGAACGAGGAGAUGGACCUAUUUGUUUGGUGCUGGCACCAACUCGAGAAUUGGCUCAGCAAGUGCAACAAGUGGCUGCAGAAUAUGGUAGAGCCUGCCGUUUGAAGUCUACUUGUAUUUAUGGAGGAGCUCCCAAGGGACCACAAAUACGUGACCUGGAAAGAGGUGUGGAAAUUUGCAUUGCAACACCUGGAAGACUCAUAGAUUUUUUGGAAGCUGGAAAGACUAACCUUAGGAGAUGCACUUACCUUGUACUUGAUGAAGCUGACAGGAUGCUUGAUAUGGGAUUUGAACCUCAGAUCCGAAAAAUUGUAGAACAGAUUAGACCUGACAGGCAGACAUUGAUGUGGAGUGCAACAUGGCCUAAGGAAGUCAGGCAGCUUGCAGAAGACUUCUUAAAAGAAUAUGUGCACAUCAAUAUUGGUGCACUGGAGCUAAGUGCAAACCACAAUAUUCUGCAGAUAGUCGAUGUGUGUCACGAUGUAGAGAAAGAUGACAAGCUUAUUCGGCUGAUGGAGGAAAUUAUGAGUGAGAAAGAAAACAAGACCAUUGUUUUUGUGGAGACCAAAAGAAGAUGUGAUGACCUUACUAGAAAAAUGAGGAGAGAUGGGUGGCCAGCAAUGGGUAUCCAUGGUGACAAAAGUCAGCAGGAGCGAGACUGGGUUCUGAAUGAAUUCAAACAUGGGAAGGCUCCUAUCCUGAUUGCCACAGAUGUUGCUUCCAGAGGUCUAGGUGCAGUCUUUGUGGCAAGGCCUAGGCAUGACAAUCGGAGGACUCGAGGGGGAUGGAGGACUAAUGGAAGUGAUCGUCUGGACGCUUCCAGUCCAAUAGAGAGGUGAAAGUUGAGCAUUGUGUGCCAGUAAUCUUCAAAAGGCAAAGACUAAAACUACGACCCCAUAAACUGUUCUCUCAUGGAAUGGUAGCUUCAUUCACGGUUCACUUUUGACUGGUUAUUCCACUGUUCCAUGAUUUUGCAUGACUGCCAUGGUGCACUGCUGUUUAGUUUGUGUGCAUUCUGUUUGCUGUGGUCCCAAGAGGCUUUGGAUUUCAGUGAGUUUGCUGAAAUGUCGAAGAAUAAUCAAACUACAGUGGCCUCUUUUUUUAUCAACCUUGAAAUGGAGAGAGCAGCUUUAAAAUGUACUGAGCCUUGUACAAAUUGGUGAGUACUGGCACAUGAAAUUUGAAAAUCCACCUCUUAUUUACAAGCUGGGGUGGGAAAGCAGUGGCUUUUCAAACCUGGAGUUCCUCCAUCAACUAUACCCUAACCGUCAUGUCGAGACCUGCCAGAGAGUGUGUGAGAGAGAGAGAGACUCAAGUGAACGCUGGCUUCUUGGAAGUGCUUGCCUAGACAACACACAGUGCAUGAAAACAACUUUAUGACCUUACGGGGACAGGUAUGUUUUUCUUGCAGCUGCAGUUGAAAGGUCUUGGCAAGACAAGCAGUGUGGCCAACUUUUAGAGCUUCUGGUGUGUGGCAAGACCUCAUUUUUAUAUGGAGGUCCUUGGAAGCACAUGAAGAGGCUACUGUGAACUUAGUGGUCCUACUGCAAGAAGCAUUCAGAUGUCACUUGACUUAUAGGGUAUUCUGUGGUAAGGCUUUAGAUCACAAAGUGAUUUACAGAAGUUCAGAGGCAGUAUGCAUUCUUGUUCUCAGGAACCUUUUUUUUUUGGACAGGAAUAGAUAAUUACCAUUCUUUGCAGCAGUUAGCAUCUUACAGCUAUUGUUGUCUAACUUGCUUUUUCAUCUGGCUGUUGUGGUGUGCAAAAUUGUGUACAUUGCUUUUGCUGCACUGCAACACUUUACAGAUGUGGAAGAUGUGAAAUUU